AUGCUAAGAACAUCUACACUCAUCGCCGCCGGUCUUGCUCUGGCGUCCGGGGUAUCCGCCGUCGUGCCUGUGUGGGGUCAGUGCGGGGGUAUUGGGUUCGGGGGAGAGACCGUUUGCGAUUCAGGAUUGGUUUGCACGAAGUUGAACGACUACUACUCGCAAUGCUUGCAGGGAACCGCACCGCCAGCAUCCACCACCGCGGCUCCGGGCUCGUCCGUCCCGCCCACACCUCCUUCGUCAACCUCCACCGCGGUCGGCGGGUCAACGACCCUCGCGCCCGGCUACUCAUUCAUUCGCGCAGUCGUGGACCCCAACUUCCAUAAAUAUCUCCGAUCAGAGAUAGCUUGGACGGCCUCAGAGGCAGUCCUUGGCGAGCCGUCCGAAGCCGCCCAGUUCCAGGUAACCAACGGACAAUUAGUGCAAAAUGCGAACGGGACGCCGCUCUACGCUGUGGUCGAGCCGCGGGCCGAUUCUACGGUCAUGAAGCUCAAAGUGAGCUGGUCUGCGACCCCAGCGACGUCCGGAGCUUUCGUGUUUAGUGGCGAUACGCUCGAAUGGAGCAACCCGUCGAUAACACGUCCGCAAAACAACGCAUGGCUCGUGUGCCCGGAUGCCGAUGGCAACCGUGACCUCUACGUUAACCUUGGUCCGUACAGCUACAUGACCCCCGCUGGUUGCGCGGAUCAGACGAUCCAUGCGUACACCGGGUCUACCGCUACCGCGUAA